GACCUAUAAAACCGGUAUUAGAGGACAAGAAAAACAGAACACACACGAAGACACAGAGAGAAGGAGAGAGUGAGAGAGAGAGAAAGAGAGCUAACAGAUGGAUUCAGAUUUCGGCAUUCCCAGAGAACUCUCCGAUCUGCAAAAGGAGCGAUCUCUCUACCAUCCCGAACUCCCUCCUUGCCUUCAGGGUACUACUGUCAGGGUCGAAUAUGGUGAUGCAACAACUGCUGCAGAUCCCUCUGGUGCUAACACCAUAAGUCGGUCCUUCCCGCAUACGUAUGGUCAGCCUUUAGCUCACUUUCUUAGGGAAACUGCAAAGGUCCCUGAUGCAAAAAUUAUAACUGAGCAUCCAGCAAUCAGGGUGGGAUUGGUCUUCUGUGGGAGACAAUCUCCUGGAGGACAUAAUGUCAUAUGGGGUCUUCACAAUGCACUUAAAACUCACAACCCCAACAGCACACUACUUGGAUUUCUUGGUGGCUCUGAAGGUUUAUUUGCACAGAAAACUCUUGAGAUUACAGAUGACGUUCUUUCAACCUACAAAAAUCAAGGUGGUUAUGAUUUGCUAGGGCGGACGAAAGAUCAAAUAAGAACAACUGAACAAGUUAAUGCUGCACUUCAUGCAUGCAAAGAUUUGAAGUUGGAUGGCCUUGUUAUCAUUGGAGGGGUAACAUCAAACACAGAUGCUGCUCAGCUUGCAGAGACAUUUGCAGAAGCAAAGUGCACAACAAAGGUUGUUGGGGUUCCUGUUACUUUGAAUGGAGAUCUCAAGAAUCAAUUUGUUGAAACUAAUGUUGGUUUUGAUACAAUAUGUAAGGUCAACUCCCAGCUCAUCAGCAAUGUCUGCACUGAUGCUCUAUCUGCAGAGAAGUAUUAUUAUUUCAUCAGACUCAUGGGCCGAAAGGCAUCUCAUGUUACUUUGGAAUGCACGCUUCAAUCACAUCCAAAUAUGGUCAUUCUUGGAGAGGAGGUUGCAGCAUCAAAACUUACUCUUUUUGAUCUGACAAAACAAGUUUGUGAUGCAGUUCAGGCCAGGGCAGAACAAGACAAAUACCAUGGGGUCAUCUUACUGCCUGAAGGGCUUAUAGAAAGCAUUCCUGAAGUGUAUGCUCUAUUGCAGGAAGUUCAUGGCUUGCACAGGCAAGGUGUUUCUAUUGAUGACAUUUCUUCCCAACUCUCACCAUGGGCAUCUGCCUUGUUUGAAUUUUUACCACUCUUCAUCAGAAAACAGCUGCUUCUUCUCCCCGAAUCUGAUGACUCUGCACAGUUAUCUCAGAUUGAGACAGAGAAACUUCUGGCACAUCUUGUGGAAGUUGGAAUGAAUAAGCGACUGAAAGAAGGCACAUACAAGGGGAAGAAAUUCAAUGCCAUCUGCCACUUCUUUGGUUAUCAAGCCCGUGGAUCAUUGCCAUCAAAAUUUGAUUGUGACUAUGCCUAUGUUCUUGGGCAUAUUUGCUACCAUAUUCUAGCAGCUGGUUUGAAUGGUUAUAUGGCGACUGUUACUAACCUGAAGAAUCCUGUGAACAAGUGGCGUUGUGGUGCUGCUCCACUUACGGCAAUGAUGACUGUAAACCGAUGGUCUCGUGGUCCAGGGGCCUCAUCAUUGAUUGGAAAACCUGCUAUUCACCCAGCCCCUGUGGAUUUGAGAGGCAAAGCAUACGAGCUGCUAAGACAAAAUGCAACAAAAUUCUUAAUGGAUGAUCUGUACAGAAACCCCGGACCUCUUCAGUUUGAUGGGCCGGGUGCUGAUGUUAGGGCUGUAAGUUUGUGCGUUGAAGACCAGGAUUACAUGGGCCGUAUAAAGAAACUGCAGGAGUAUCUGGAUAAGGUGCGAACAAUUGUGAAACCAGGUUGUUCACAGGAUGUUCUUAAAGCGGCUUUGAGCGCCAUGCAAUCAGUGACGGAUGUUCUGAACGUGAUAUCUGCACCGUCGAGCAGCAGCCAGCCACACUAUUAGGAAAAUAAGUAUUAUUAAAUCUAAAUCCAUCAAUUGUAGUGUUGUUUCAGGUUUGUUGCAGCGGCCUGCGGGUACCUGCAUUCACUUCUCUAGGCAAGAAAACCUUUUUUAGAUGACCCACCCUAAUAAACCACUAUUUUAUUACCUGAAAUUUUCAUGGGGAAUAAUUAUGAGAGGGCUGUACUUCGAAUCUUGAAGAGGAAAAUUUUGUCCAUGUUCUCA